AUUCGGCAAUUUCUGUCUUGCUGAGCGCCUUAGAAAACGUUCAGCAAUUGCGGUCCGUGGAACGCUGACGUUUCGUGCGCCGUUCGGAAGUUUUCGGAAUUCGUCGGAUAGAUUUCCGAAUGGGUCCAUACCGGAAGUACCGAGACCUUUCCCAGCACCCUGGGUCCUAUAUUGCUUAACCAACCUCUGGCACUGUCCUUGGCACACGAUGAGUGUAAAUAAGCACUUGUUUUUUGAAUGAGUGUGUGAAUGCAAGGAUCAUUUAAUCAUAGCCCCCCAACGAGCUCGGGUACUUCCGGUUUUCUUCGUAAGCCCUCGGUUUUUGCCUGCUGGGACAUUUUUGGAACUUCCUGGAAACCUGCCAGGUGCAAUCAGCCACCCUGCCCUAUUGGUGUAUGUGUAGUUUGGGUCUGUUCGGAAACACUCGGACCCCACUCGGCAAUACGAAUCCUUUGGCUAAGGCCAUAAGCCCUUAGCAGUUUGUGCUCCUCUGGGCCUUAAACGCUAAAGUCAGGUCUGGGGACAAUCCAGACGGAGCUGCGUUGGACGACUUCGCCCCGAGAGCGUGGGCCAGCUGUUGGGAGCAGAGCUUUGAGCUGAAUGCUCCUAGUUCCCUUUCGUCCAGAUUUUCCCAGGCCUUUGCUGCCUUCCGCCCUGAGGUCCUCAGUCACCCCCAAAGCUUCCUGUUAGUUUGUGGUCUGUCGUCAGGGCCAUCCUGGGGGAGCAGGGCCUCGCCAGCCCAGGCAGGCGACCCUGCCAAACAGCUGGCGCGCCUCCCUGCGGUGCUGGGGACUGAAGCAGGGCUUUCGUGCUCAACUAGGUCCCCAGCCCUUGUCAUUUUGACACGGGCUCUCGCUAAGGUACCCAGGCUGAACUCAAAUUUGUGAUUCUCCUGCCCCAGCCUCCCAUGUCCACCCUGACUGGUCGUGGUUUCUGGGCCCACCUGCGCCCACCCCUGGGGUCUGGGGAAGCUGGCACCAAACAGAAACGAUGCCUGGCUGCCUCCUCGCGGAAUCCUGAGGGCUCUGUGUGUGUGUGUGUGUCCAGGGACCAAACCCAGGGUUGCUGUACUACUGUGCUGUAUCUCCAGGCCCUAAGUUACCCAGGUGGGACUGAAACCUGCGAUUCUCCUGGUUCCACCUCCCAAAGUGCUGGGGUUACAUCCUCAAGUUGGGCCAGGAGGGGCAGCCCCGCCCGGGACCGCCAGGUGCCCGGCCCAGUUCAGGUGACCACGGACGCCAGGCACACCUGGCGCCGUCCCUGACCCCGCCCCGGGAGCCCGCCGCACCCCGGAUCCCAGGCCAUGGCGGCGGCCAACGCCUUGCAAAGCGCCCCGCCGGGGCCCGCGUGCCAGCCUGCACCCGCGCCGCCCGUGUCCCCCGCCGCGGCGGGCCUGGGCCGCUGCCGCGUGGCGCUGCUGCUAGCCGUGGCGCUGGACGUGGCAGGCAUGGCGGCGCUGCUGACCGGCGUAUUCGCGCAGCUGCAGGUGCGCGGUCGCGACUUCGGCGACCUGCUCAUCUACUCAGGCGCCCUGCUUGUCUUCCUGAGCCUGCUCGGCUGGAUCCUCUGGUACACCGGCAACAUCGAGAUCUCGCGCCAGGAGCUGGAGCGCGACUACGGCCUGCGGCCCUCGGCGCUCGCCCGCCUGGCGCGCAAACUGUCCCGCCGCUGGUCGGCGCCAGCCGCCGGCGCCCGCGCGCACGGACCCCGCGGAGCGCGCACGGACCCCCGCGCGCCCCCGCCGCCUGGAGCGCGCCGCGUGCGCCUGCAGCUCGCCACGCUGGAGGCCGGACCCGGUGCGUCGGCGCGUGCGGCUGGCGAGCCCCAGACUGCCACAUGGCCCCACCGAUCGGGACCUGACUGAGACCUGCAGCUGCCCCAUCUCGACGGCCACAGGAUGUCCUCAGCCCUGCUGCCCUCCCCGGAUAAACAGCUCUGCCCUCUCA